AUGAGCAACAGCUCCAACUGCAGCGAGACAGACCUCAAGCCCUACUACGCCGUCACCUACACGGUGAUCCUGAUCCCCGGGCUCAUCGGGAACACCCUGGCCUUGUGGGUCUUCUAUGGCUACAUGAAGGAAACUAAAAGGGCCGUGAUAUUUAUGAUCAAUUUAGCCAUUGCUGACUUAUCACAGGUGCUGUCCUUGCCCCUGAGGAUUUUUUACUACCUGACGGGCACGUGGGAGUUCGGAGGAGGUCUCUGCAUGUUCUGCUUCUACCUGAAGUACGUCAAUAUGUACGCCAGCAUCUACUUCUUGGUGUGCAUCAGCGUGAGGAGGUACCUGUUCCUCAUGCACCCCUUCAAAUUCAGUGACUGCAGGCGUGUCUGUGAUGUCUACAUCAGCAUCGUGGGCUGGGUCCUGGUCUGUGUGGGCUGCCUGCCCUUCCCGCUCCUCAGGAUGCAGCACCAGGAGGAUAAAAACUCCUGUUUUGUGGAUCUUCCCAUCAAGAAACUCGACCUCCCCACCUCCAUCACGCUGAUGACCAUAGGGGAGUUGGUGGGGUUCGUGACCCCCCUGCUCAUCAUCCUGUACUGCUCCUGGAAGACAAUCUUAUCACUAAAAGAGAGGCACUCUGCUUCCCGGGACCUGGGCGAGAAGAAAAAGGCUUUAAAGAUGAUCCUCACCUGCGCCCUGGUGUUCCUGAUUUGCUUUGCACCUUAUCACAUCAGCUUCCCGCUGGAUUUCUUUGUGAAAACCGGGCAGAUCCGGGAGGGCUGCGUGCAGAUCUCGGUGUUCCACGCCGUGGCUUUGUGCCUCGCCAGCCUCAACUCCUGCGUGGAUCCCAUCAUCUACUACUUCACCACGGACGAGUUCAGGAGACGCCUCUCCAGGCAGGAUCUGCAGGACAGCAUCCAGCUCCAGCCCCUCAGCUACGGCAGGAAGCACUCCAGGGAUGUGCUUGGGGAGGACACCACGGAAUACUAG